AUGUCGUCCACACUCACAGAGUUAGAGUCUACUCAAAACCUUGUCGAGUUUGAACCCCGCGAAUAUGGAGACUGGCGCGACGAAUUUCACAAGAAUGGCUGCGUCUUGAUCAAGAACGUAAUAAGCAAGGAGCGAGCUGCAUACUAUGCCCAAAAACAACUUGAUUGGUUGAAGAAAUUUGACCUAGGCUUCGAUGAGAACGAUGAGAGCACGUGGACUGCGGAGCAUCUCCCAGUGUCAUUCAAGGGCGGAAUGUAUUUCUCUUAUGGAUCAGCCCACGAAAAGAUGGCUUGGGAAGCCAGAAUGGAGCCAAAGGUUAUCGAAAUUUUCGAACAGCUCUGGGAGACUAAGGAGUUAAUUGUAUCUUUCGACGGAAUGAACAUCUCUCUACCGCGUCGAAAGGAUUUGCAAUGGAGCCCCUGGCCACACACUGAUCAAAACCAGCGACGAAAGGGAAUGCAGGCAGUGCAAGGUCUGCUAAAUUAUGCGCCUAAUGGCGAUAAAGAUGGUGGUCUCGUGCUCAUGAAGGGCUCCGCAAAGUUGUUUGAUGAGUUCUUCAAGGUGAAGCGCGAAAGUUAUGCGCACGAAGAUGCGCCGCCACCUGAACUCGAGUACAUGGAUCUAUUCCUCUUCUCGGACAAGGAUGUGAAAUGGUUCGAAGAGCGGGGGUGCGAACUCAUCAAGAUAAAUAUGGAGCCAGGCGACUUCGUGCUUUGGGACAGCAGGACGAUGCACUACGCCAAGUUGCCUGAAGGCAACCAAAUCCGCCAUGCGCAGUACAUCUGCAUGACUCCCCGGAAGUUCGCUAGCGAACAGACAAUCAAAUUGCGGAAAGAGUGCUUCGAUAACUUCUAUGGAACCACGCAUUGGCCACACAUCAAUGUCCGCCCGUCAGACGAGAUGCCAAUGAGAAAUGGUGAAGUGUGCCCAAAGUAUAGGAAGGAACCGUUUGAGAAGCCAGAGGUCACUGAUCGGAUGCUUCAGCUCGUAGGGGUGAAAGAGUAUUGAAAAACCAUUUGACUGAAUGUAAAAAAUUGCACUCGAAAUAAAAGAACCAUAGUGAUAUAAAUUCUCUUCGGUGUGAAACUCCUAUAUGGUGGCCAGCUCCGUGAAGAUUUGAUAUGCGCCGCUUGACUGGAGGCUGGUGGUCAUUCUGGAGACGUACAGUUGGUUCCAUCAUAGAC